AUGUCUGAGCUUGUUCAGGAUAAGGAAUCUGUCGUCUCGGCUAGCAGCACUUCUUUCAGUGAGCUCAACCAUUCCCCUACUUUUUUGGAUGCGCGAACUGAACAAGAUCUUAUCUCUGGUUUAAGGAAGGAAAAAGAAGUUGGAAGGUUGCCUACUAAUGUUGCAUCAGGGAUGGAAGAGUUAUACUGGAACUACAAAAAUGCUGUGUUAAGUAGUGGGGCUGCCAGGGCAGAUCAAACUGUGGUAUCAAACAUGUCUGUUGCUUUCGAUCGCAUGCUUCUUGGUGUCGAGCAUCCUUAUACGUUCAAUCCAUAUCAUAAAGCAAUCAGAGAACCAUUUGACUACUACAAGUUUGUCCAUACAUACAUCCGUCCCCUGAUUGAUUUCAAGUAA